GUCACAUUGGUUAUUGGUAUGGAAAUAAGAAAACCAACUGCACGGCACGGCAUUUAUUUUGUUAAUAAAACUAAUAUGCCGCUGCCAUCUUAUCGGGAAAAGCCUAUCUUGAGUGCCCAGCAGCUGAGGAAACUCAGUGAACACCAGUACAGCUGUUCCAGUGCCAGCCUCCUCGAUCCAUUGCUGCAGCCAUGGUGGAACUGGCUUGUGGCCCAGACGCCUCUUUGGCUGGCCCCCAAUCUCAUCACGAUCGUGGGCUUGAUCCUCAACGUGGUCACCACGCUGAUAUUAAUUUGCUAUAGUCCAAAUGGCAUUGAGGCACCACCACGUUGGACCUGUUUGCUCUGCGCCCUGGGGCUGUUCGUCUACCAGAGUCUGGAUUCCAUCGACGGGAAGCAGGCGCGUCGCACGAAUACCUCAUCGCCGCUGGGCGAACUCUUUGACCACGGCUGUGACUCGAUAUCCACGGUUUUUGUUGCGCUAUCGGCGUGCAUAUCUUGCCAACUGGGACACUAUCCCAACUGGCUGUUCUUCCAGUGCUUCUGUGCUAUAGCUCUUUUUUACUGCGCCCACUGGCAGACCUAUGUGUCCGGAACGAUGCGCUUUGGCCGGAUUGAUGUAACGGAGGCACAGUUUUCAAUUAUAGCCAUUCAUCUGAUAUCGGCUGCGCUGGGUCCCGAGAUCUGGCUGACAAAGCUACCGUACUUCAAUUGCGAAACCCGAUUUCUGCCAAUUUAUGUGGCCUGCGGCAUUGAUUUGAUUCUAACACUGCGCUACUCUAAAUGCAUUUUGACCGAGGGUUGCGGCAAAAACGGAUCAUCGGUUGCUGGCACCAGUGUCCUGUCGCCCAGCAUUCCCCUCACUUUGGUAGUACUGCCCGCCUUAAUGAUUGCCCAGAAGUCGCCGCAGAACAUCUUCACCGAGCACGCAUCUGUCUUCAUCUUGGCCUUUGGCAUGGUGGCCGCUAAGGUCACAAACAAGUUGGUGAUCGCCCACAUGACCAAGUCGGAGAUGGAUUACCUAGACUGGUCGCUACUUGGCCCUUCGCUAAUGUUCCUGAACCAAUACUUCAACUGCAUUGUGCCGGAGAUCUGGCUGCUGUGGUUCACGCUUAUCUGGGGCACACAGGAUCUGCUGCGCUAUUGCGCCGCAGUGUGCCUGGAGAUCUGUAAACACCUGCGCAUCGAUCUUUUCCGGAUACCGUACACGCCCAAAGGCGCAGCCCCACAUCCGGCAACCGCCUCGGUGAGCAGCCAGAGCAACCUCGGCAGCAGUGCGGACAAGAACGGCGGCACCGCGCAUCGAAAGUCCAAGGGCAAACCUCACUAGGUUUCGUUUUCCCACUACAUUAAUUAGUUCUCUUUUACCAAUUUACGUCAUUAGAGCCAAUGGAUACUCGUAGGAGCAGAUGGAGCGCAAGAAAUACAAACCUGUUAACAAAACCCAACAAAAUUCACCGUCACUGUUUUAAAGAAAAACAGAAGCAACACAACUAAACGAAAUUAAACAAAAGCAAAAAAAAAUAUAUAUAUGUAAAAACAAAAAAGAUAGAAACGUUAAAUGGGCGAAGCAUAAUGUUGCUCCUACAUUUUAGGAUAUAGUUUACAACACCUUGUUGUAGUAAAAAAGGCGAGGUGGCUACGGCGGGAGAAAGAACUGUUGCAGUCUCCGAUAUCAAUUAUAUGGCUAAAUAUAUAAAUAUAAAUAUAUUUUGUAUGAUUGUGUAAGUUGUAAUAAAUCUAGAUUGCAGUAUUUUUACUGUGCUAAA